UGUCAGACGUAACGGAUUCAGAAAAAUGGCCAGCAAACAGUUGUUAAGCCGUGUUAGCACAUUGGGACGCUGUAGCCCGACUUGGGUGACACCAUUGGCCGCCGUGCGCAGCUCUAGCUCCCGCAGCGACAUCGAAAAAGUCACACACACUGGCCAGGUCUUCGACAAGAACGACUACCGCAAUGUGCGCUUCACAAAUGCCAAACGCUACGUGAACGAAAACUGGGGCAUCAAGCUGAUCGACGAGGUGCUGCCGAUUGAGUCCGAAGAGCGCGUUGUCUGCUGCGACGGCGGCAACGGUCCACUCGGACACCCCAAAGUCUACAUCAAUCUGGAUAAGCCCGGCAAUCACGCCUGCGGCUACUGUGGCCUGCGUUUUGUGAAGAAGGAUGCUCAUCAUUAGAAGCAUUGCCGGGCCAUCCGAGGAAGCAGUUAAUACCAUUGAGCUAGUUGAAUAUGUAUACAAAUAAAAGGAAAAGUUAUACCUAACAAGACACUUGACGGAAAGAACAUAA